AUGUCCAACAACAUGGCCAAGAUCGCGGAGGCCCGCAAGACGGUGGAACAGCUGAAGCUGGAGGUGAACAUCGACCGCAUGAAGGUGUCGCAGGCGGCGGCCGAACUCCUCGCCUUCUGCGAGACGCACGCCAAGGACGACCCGCUGGUGACGCCGGUACCCGCCGCGGAGAACCCCUUCCGCGACAAGCGCCUGUUUUGCGUUCUGCUCUGA